AGCAUACAAGCUAUAUGAAAUAUUCCGAGAAAUUUUAGUAAUUUCAAACUUCUCGAAGCAGAUGCUGGAAUAUGAGAGGUGCAUCUGGGACGGACUCUCACUAUUCAAUGAUAGCCACUUAAUCAAUUAACAGUUACCGGAGGAAGUACAAGUUAAUAAGUGAGGAUGGAUAAUGAAUUUCUAUAUGUUCAUAGCUGUGACCUCGAAGGGAACGUACAGUUACGAAUUGGUUCUUUGGAAGGAAGUGUAUCACUUUUAGAUAAAUCUUAUCGUGUUAUGGGUGGCAAUUUCUUCAUUACCGCUUCGGUUUAUUGCAAUAAACGACAAGCGGGUGUGCCAAUUUGGACGUCAUAUAAACCUCCACCAAGUCAUGUUCGUACAACGCUUCAUUCCUGGGAUGAAUGGAUUUUGUUACCAGUCAAAAUAAGUGAGCUGAGUCUUGAUUCAUUUAUCCAUGCAUGCCUGUGGGAUGUAUCAGAUAGCCUAGAAGCAAGAUUUAUAGCACAUUCGUCCGUUUCACUAUUCAGCAAACGUGGAGUUCUUCGAUCCGGCACCAUUGCGCUAAAAAUGGAAGUGGCCACAAAACCUGAUGAUUAUUUGAGGCCACCUUUAGCAUCCAAGUUCACGAAACAGACAGGUGUUGAUCGUUUACAAAAACGAACAAAAGAAUACGGUGAGAGAUUGAUCGAGCAUGUUGACUGGCUUGAUCGACUCACGUUUCCACGCAUUGAACAGAUCAAAAAAGAGCGUGAAGUCGAACAGCGUUGUUUGUAUUUAAUUGUCGAAAUGGCUCGAGUUGUUUGCGGGGAUUCCACGAUCUCUGUAGUUUAUUACGAGGAUGAAGAGGAGUUAAAAGCACGGAGUGUUUAUCCAUCAAUCGAUCCAGAGAUAGAUUUGGAAAAUAUUUGUGAACUCAAACAUCACAUGAUGACACGUUCCUCACGUGCUGAUCCUAUUGAACGUGAACUGAAACCCAAUGCUUCUGCACGUCGUUCCCUGGAGAAGAUAAUCCAUUUACCACCAGCACACGCAAUAAGCUUUGAAGAACGUGAUUUAAUCUGGAAAUUCCGAUAUUUUCUUCGGAAUAAUCGUAAAGCAUUACUAAAAUUUGUUCGCUCAGUGGCUUGGAAUAAAAAUGAAGAGGCAGCAUAUGCCUUAGUCCUUGUGAAAGAAUGGUCACCGCUAGAGGCCAGUGACGCUUUGGAACUUCUUUCGCCAACAUUUCGACACAUUGAACUGCGUCGCUAUGCGGUAUCACGUUUAUCACAUGCUAAGCCUGAGCAUAUUCUAUUAUAUUUGCCACAGCUUGUGCAAGCACUUAAAUAUGAGCGAUUCGUAAUGAAUACUUCGAAAGAAUUAGAGGAAGAAAAAGAAAUUCAAAAGAAAACUGAUAAUACCAAAGAGGAGAAUGGUUUAUUGACAAUUGAAGGUGAUCAGGAAAUUAAUCAACAAGCAAUUGAACAGGCUAUGCAGAAAUGCUUAACAGGCGAUGAUCUUACAUCGUUUCUGAUACGCUCUGCUUGCAGUAAUCCGUCGAUCACUUAUUAUCUUUAUUGGUACCUCAAAGUUGAGAUAGAGGCAACAGCACAAGUCGAUAAGGUUAUGUCACGUAUGUACACCUACGUUUUGUCACUGCUCUUAUCAUCAUUACGAAGUGGUGGUAGUGAUUUGAGAAGACGAGCUGCUUCACUUGAUCAGCAAGAGAUUUUGAUUGAAAUACUGGUAUCAAUGGCUAAGCUUGUAUCACAAGAAAGCGGCGGACGAAGUCAAAAAGAAAAAGUUUUGCGACGUUCUUUACGCGAGCAACAUGAUUUGCUUAAUCUUUGCGGUCUUCCACUACCACUGGAUCCAACGAUACGUGUAAAUGCACUAUUAUCCGAUACGGCUACACUCUUUAACAGUAAUCUGAUGCCAAUGAAACUUACAUUCAAAACUGAAGAUAAUGGAACUUAUGUGACAAUUUUCAAACGAGGCGACGAUUUAAGGCAAGACCAACUGAUCAUACAAAUGAUCCGUUUAAUGGAUGAUUUACUUCGAGCAGAUGGUCUUGAUUUACGUCUGACACCGUAUUCGGUUCUUGCUACAUCCACUUCAGAAGGAUUUGUUCAAUUUGUUAAAGCAAUUCCGCUUCGCGAAGUGAUUUCGAAUUGGGGUACUGUGCAGGAGUGUCUUCGAUCGUUUCGUCCUUCUCCCAAUGGACCAUUUGGAAUCGAAACAGAAGUUGUUGAAAAUUACGUUCGUUCUUGUGCUGGUUAUUCGAUUAUUUGCUAUAUAUUGGGAAUUGGUGACCGACAUUUGCAUAAUCUUUUGCUCUGUGAAAACGGGAGAAUGUUUCAUGUUGAUUUUGGUUAUAUCCUGGGAAGAGAUCCGAAACCCUUUGCUCCGCCACCAAUGAAAUUGACCAGUGAAAUGAUCAACGGUAUGGGCGGAUUACACAGUAGAGAAUGGAAAGAAUUUCGCGGAUUUUGUUUUUCCGCAUUUCUCAUUUUACGACGACAUGCUAAUGUUGUUCUAAAUUUGUUUUCACUUAUGUUGGAUUCCGGAAUACCGGAUAUUGCAGUCGAGAAGGAAAAAGCAGUGCAGAAAAUUGAACAGAGAUUCCAUUUGACACUGACUGAUGAAUUAGCCGAGCAGAAAAUUGAGCAUCUUAUUGAUGAAUCAGUGAAUGCAAAAAUAACGAAACUUACCGAUAUGGUUCAUGACGUUCAUCAGUUGAUUACUAAUUAGACUGUAUGUUUUGCAAACUUCGGAAAUCUAAACUUCGAGUUUUGAAUUUCGAAUACAAAUUGUGUUUACAUCGGAUUGGACCUGCAUUGUAAUUCGAUUAAUUUCAAUUUUUUAAUGUGAAAGUGAAAAUAGUUUGCUUAAUGUUAGCUUAUUGCAUGGAACUGGAUUAUUAUUGGAAGGAUUAUGGAAAAUUGAUAUGGAUCUGACAACAAAGGGUCUGACAACUUGACGCUUGACAGUAAAGUUGGAUCUCAACCUAUAAUAUAAGCA